AUGUGGCCUGUGCUAAAGCGAAAUGAAGUUAGUUCAAAAUUAAAUCAUAUAACAGAUCUUAUUCAAGCUAAAGAAAAAAAUCGUCGUUUUAUUGAAAAUGGUAUUAGACCAAAACAAUUUCGUUUACUAAAAACUCAUCAUUUAUUUAAAAUACUUACUAAUAUUAUUGUUUCAACUUUUCAUGAUCUCCCUGAUCGACAAUGGACACCAAUGAUGGAAUCAGUAUUUGAUAUUAUUUUAAAUUAA